GAACGGAGGAAAAAGAUAAACAAAGAAAGAAAAAUGGAUUUAUUCUCUCUCUAUCUCUAAAAGCUUCUGAGCUGUUCUCUUUUAGCACUGAACAGAAACAACUCACUACUCACAAGCAUCUCUUGAUUUCUUUAAUGGGUCUAUCUGUAAAAUAGACGAACGAGGAUAACGAACACUCUUCUUGCUAUUCCUAGUUCAUAUCAUCUGUAAUCACUACAUUUUGGAUACUGAUUUAAUCGCAGUUUUAUAGCCAAAUACAUCAACAACAAACCAAAAAAGCCCCCCCUUUUUGUCUUUACCCUUUUUCAAGAAAUCUUGAUUACAAUAUUCAAUGCCUUUUCCGUUAUUGGGUUUGCCGUGAUGAUUUAAUCCCAGUUUAGCCAAAUACCUCAAGAAAGAAAAAAAAAAAAGCAAAAAGGAUCCCCUUUUGUAUAUUGAUUUUUAUUAGGUAUGUAAUCUGUGGAAAUCCGAUUGAGGAAGCUGUGUUUUUAGGUAUCCGUUGGUGGGAAUGUAAAUGGGUUCUCUUGAAAAUGGAGUGUUGCCAUUAAAGAGGGAUUCUUUACUCAAAUCUUCAUCUAGAAAUGAGAGGAACAAUUCAUUUGUGCAAAGACCCAGAUCAAGGUUUACAAGAUUUAUGGUUUUGAAGAAGCUAGAUUACUUGCAAUGGAUUUGUGCUGUGGCUGUAUUCAUCUUCUUUAUGUUAGUGUUUCAAAUGUUCUUGCCUCUUUCCACUGUGGAAAAAGAUGGUGGGGAUUUCUUGAAACAAAAGGAGGAUAAUUUUGGUGGGGAGUUGAAGAAUUUCCUGAAAGAAAUUGGUGGAUUGGAUUUUGGUGAAGGUGUCAAGUUUGAGCCUACCAAGCUUUUGCUCAAAUUCCAAAGAGACAAUAGAGAUGUUUAUAAUGUGGCUUUUGGAGGGUCAAGAAGAGUAGUGAGAUUUGGGCACAGAAAACCCCAGCUUGCUUUUGUUUUUGCAGAUCUGUUGGUUGAUCCACAACAAUUAUUGAUGGUCACUGUUGCAGCUGCUUUGAAAGCAAUUGGAUAUGAAAUUGAGGUUUACUCACUUGAAGAUGGCCCCGUGCAUUCCGUUUGGGAAAAUGUUGGAGUUCCGGUCAAUAUUGUGGAAGCUGGUGGUGAUCCGAAGAUUGUGGUCGACUGGCUGAACUAUGAUGCCAUACUAGUGACAUCUCUUGAAGCAAAAGACGUCGUUUCAGGCCUUUUGCAGGAACCUUUUAAAUCUAUACCUGUUAUAUGGAUUGUCCAUGAAAAAACACUUGCUACCCGCUUCAAAAACUACGUCUCAAAUGGUCAAGUUGAGCUGAUUGAUGAUUGGAAAGCGGUCUUUAAUCGAGCUACAGUUGUUGUCUUCCCUAAUCACGUGCUUCCGAUGUUUUAUGCUGCAUUUGAUGCUGGAAACUACUUUGUUAUACCUGGAUCUCCUUCUGGGGCUUGCAAAUUAGAUAACUCAACAAAUGUUCUUCAAGAAAGUCUGCGUGUGAAUAUGAACAUUGGGGAUCGUGAUUUUGUUAUUGCUAUAACGGGCAGUCAGUUUCUGUAUAAAGGAUUAUGGCUGGAGCAUGCACUCGUUUUACAGGCUUUAUCACCACUUUUAGCAGAGUUUCCUGUUGAUGAUAGUUUGAGUCCUCGUCUCAGGAUCAUAAUCUUGAGUCAAGACUUAACGGGUAAUUACAGUGAAGCUAUCAAGGGAAUUGCUUCAAACUUGAACUACCCAAGUGGUACUGUAAAUCAUGCUGCCAUUGAUGAAGAUGUAUACAAUGUUCUGAGCAUCGCAGAUGUAGUGAUAUACGGGUCAUUUCUAGAAGAACAAUCUUUUCCCGACAUUCUAAUAAAAGCAAUGUGCUUUGAGAAACCAAUAGUAGCUCCUGACCUAUCCAUAAUCAAGAAAUACGUUGAUGACAAGAUCAAUGGCUAUCUCUUUCCAAAGGAGAAUAUAAAGGCCUUAACGCAGAUCAUGCUGCAACUCGUGUCAAAAGGAAGACUAUCAUCUCUAGCUUACAACAUUGCGUCAUUUGGAAAACAUACCGCAAAAAACAUGAUGGUUUUGGAAUCCGUUGAAGGGUAUGCGUCUUUGAUAGAAAAUGUUCUCAACCUUCCAUCGGAAGUUGCAUCUCCAAGGGCAGUAUCGGAAAUUCCUUCUAACAUCAAAACUGAGUGGCAGUGGCAUCUUUUUGAAGCUAUUGCAGAUCGUAAAUAUGUAAAUAGAACUUUGAGGAUAUACCAUUUCUUAAACAAGGUUGAAAAGCGGUGGAACCGUACUCUAAAAGAGAGUUCUGCCGAUGUUGUGGCCGAUGAUACAUUUUUGUACAGCAUAUGGGAAGAAGAGAGAAGCAUUCAGAUAGCAACAGCUAAAAAGAGAAGAGAAGAUGGUGAGUUAAGGGAUAGAAGUGAGCAACCGAGGGGAACGUGGGAGGAUGUAUAUCGAAGUGCAAAGAAAGCCGAUCGGUAUAAGAACGAUUUGCAUGAGAGGGAUGAUGGGGAGCUUGAAAGGACGGGUCAACCAUUAUGCAUCUACGAACCUUACUUUGGGCAAGGAGCUUGGCCUUUUUUGCAUCGUGGUCCACUAUAUCGCGGUCUUGGGCUGUCAACGAAAGGUCGAAGAUCAAGAACCGAUGAUAUUGAUGCACCUUCUCGUCUUCCUCUUCUAAGCAUACCUUAUUACCGUGAUGCCCUUGGUGAUUUUGGAGCCUUUUUUGCAAUCGCCAACCGUAUUGACCGUGUACACAAGAAUGCUUGGAUUGGGUUUUCAUCAUGGAGAUCGACGGCUAAGAAGGCUUCUUUGUCAAAGGCCGCCGAGGUUGCUUUAUUAGACAACAUUCAAGCACGCAGGCAUGGUGAUGCUCUCUAUUUUUGGGUUCGAAUGGACAAAGAUCCAAGAAACCCGAUGCAACAAGAUAUUUGGACGUUUUGUGAUGCUAUAAAUGCGGGUAAUUGCAAGUUUGCAUUCUCGGACGCUCUCAAGAAAAUGUAUGGAGUAAAGGAUAAUUCGACGUCACUCCCACCAAUGCCGGUGGAUGGAGGUUCAUGGUCCCUAAUGCAUAGCUGGUGUAUGCCAACCAAAUCUUUCGUAGAAUUUGUGAUGUUUUCAAGGAUGUUUGUGGACGCGUUGGAUUCACAAGUUUACGACGAGCAUCAUCAAAGUGGUCUCUGCUACCUAAGUUUAUCGAAGGACAAGCAUUGCUACUCACGGGUUCUCGAGCUUCUCGUAAACGUAUGGGCGUACCAUAGCGCAAGGCGAAUGGUGUACAUUGACCCAACCACCGGAACAAUUCAAGAACAACACGACUUCAAGAGCCGAAGAGGCAAGAUGUGGAUUAAAUGGUUCAAUUACAACACUCUCAAGGCCAUGGACGAAGAUCUUGCCGAAGAGGCCGACUCGGACCACCGUAAAGAACGGUGGUUAUGGCCGUCAACGGGCGAGGUGUUCUGGCAAGGAAUGUACGAGAAAGAAAGAAGUCAAAUGAGACGACAAAAGGAGAAACGAAAGCAGAAAAGCAAAGACAAGAUCCAGAGGAUCAAAAACCGGACUCACCAAAAAGCGUUAGGGAAGUACGUGAAACCGUCGCCGGAAAAUGAGACGGAAAUUAACUCCGACUCGAUUGUAGCAGCAACAAAACUUCUUAGAUAGCAGAUUUUUUUUGGGUUGAAGUUGUAGUUUUGAUCAGUUCAAUUCUUUGUGAAAAUUUACAAUAUUUGUUUUUGUUUUUGUUUUUUGUUUUUGUUUUUUGUUUAUAAUUAUGAUGAGGUUUUGAUGUUAUGUAAAAGGGCUUCUCCAAGAACCCUUCUGUAUGUAAAAACUGCAGAUGAUGAUGUAUUGCCAUUAAUGUAUACUAAAUGCUUUGUAAUUAUUGUUUCCA